CGUGGCCGACAUAAUCACCCGAACUUUCGAGAGGGGCAGACGUGAGGCGCUGAGAACAGACGGACAGAUGGAGAACGCGGGGAACGGGAAGAAGCAGGCUUCUGGAGCUCACCUCGUUAAGAAGGUGAUGAAACCGCUGCUGCGUCUGCUGCACCGGCGUCGCUGCCAGCAGAAGCUGAAGGCGCUGGAAGAGGGCUACGUGCCCGUGGGCCAGGUCACCGUCUGGCAGGCGGACGUCUCGGCCGAGAUCGACGACAACAGCGUCAACGAGGCGCUCGAGGCGCGGCUGAAAGAGCUGAUCGCCGCCUCGCCACAUGCCGAGGUCAGCCGGGGUCAGCUGCAGGUCAAGGUCACUGGCACGCUGACCCUGCAGCCGGUGCGACGCGUCCGCUUCGAGGACGAGCUCUGCCACCCGAGCGCAGCAGGCGUCACCAGGCGGCAGCAGGCGCAGGCGCAGCGGCCCACCGUCUACAGGAAGGCGCAGCUGCUGUGAGGAGGCGGCGGGGCGGACCGGCGGUGCAGCUGUGAUACGAGAUGUAGAUAUGUCUUAUUUUCUGGCUACCUCAGGGCUUUCACAGAUGCUGUCUGCGAUGUAAACACAAGCUCGGAAUGAGCUCAAUCGCUUUGUGAUACGUGUGCCUUUCGUGUGGUUUGCGUGUGCGCUUGGGGCGAUGAUAAACAUGUGAUAAUAUAAUUAAUGCACUAUGA